AUGCCAUGUUAUGCAGAUAUGAUUGCUAUUGGUGGUUAUCCAAUUGAACGUGAGGAUAGUAAAGUUGAGUUGGUAUUAUUUGUAUCUAUGAAUCUUGAUGAAUGCGAUCCAGAAACACAGGCUAUUUUCGAAAAGGAUUGUUUUUAUUCAGUAGGCUGUAAGAUCAUGUCUGGAUUCUAUAAAGGCAAAAAAAGAGCAAAGAUGAUUGUUUCUAUUUCAACUCAUUUAUCUAUUCUUAAUAAAGUUAAUAAUUUGAAUAAAUGUCUAUUGAAGACUUCUUUAGUAGGAGUUUCUCAAGAGUUGCCGCAAGUUGUAGAAAAUGACAAUACUUCAAUUUUUAAAUUGUUAAUAAGUGAUUAUAUCAGGCAGGAACAUAGUUUUAUCAUUAAACUUGUUUUUCCACGUUUUAACACAUGGUUUGUUAAUCUAAAAAUUCGACCACAAAAUUCACUUAUUUUUGUAGUUGGUCAAUUUGAGGUUAUUGAUAGUGAUUUUUACAUUUAUGCUAAGGAUUUUAUGUAUAUUAGUACUUAUUUUUCUUCUAAGCAAAAUAUUUUUGAUAAUGUUAGUUUAGAUAAUUUAUCUGAAGUGACUAAUUUUACUCAUGCUAAACUUCUUUCUACUUAUCGGAGUAUUGUUGGAAAUUCAAAAGAUAUUCUUGAGGAUAAAGGUUCAUUGAUGAAUUCAGGUAGUAAGAUUGAUAAUUCUCAGGCUAGUUCUUUAAGUUUAGAUAAUAGGUCUUUUUCAAAGAGAGUUAAAGUUGAAGAUUUUGAUGAAUCUUCAGAUGAAGUUAUUGAUGAUGAUAAUAGUAAUGUAGAUAAAAGUGUUCAUAGUGAUGAAAUGGAAGAAUCUGUUAAAAAGAAUAAGAGUGUAAGAUCUCAGAAUAAUGAUGUGAAUGUUGAAGAAGUUUAA